GCGAGGCGCGCGGCAGGUUUUCUCUGACAGCAGACACUCUGAUAUCAAAGGGGGUUGAUUUACCACAGUAUGUGAUCCUUUUACAACUCAGAACUGAACGCAGACGUUUGAGUUUGGGUCUUUGGAAGUGUAUACCACAACGACUCCUCAUCAGUCGGAGAGCUUUCAGUUUGGUAAAUCGUAUUGACCACAAUGACUGUCAUACUGGACGAUGACAGGGAUUCCUGAGGAUAUUUAUCGCUCGGUUUUGUCAGCCUUGAUAUAUGUGGCUCAAUGUGAUAUGUGUUUCACGUGUUUGCGCACAACAGUGAGGUAGUUUGACUUUCGAGCUUUCUCGUGGACCGUUAAACGCCCGGGAUCUAUACGGUGGAUGCGGCGGAAGGAAAGAAACCGGGAGCGAUGAAAAUAUGAAGUCUCUCAGUACUCGAAAGUGGAAUUGCAUCCGGAGCGUUUGGAUUAUUUACCCAGAGAUGAUUCUUGUUCCAAUUCUCUGGUUUCUAUCCCAAACUCGGGCGGCCCCUUCUAUUACAGCCGAGCAGAUGGAUAUGGGGGUGGACUGGCUUAGCAAAUUUGGAUAUCUCCCACCCCCUGAUCCUGUAAAUGGGCAGCUGCAGACUAAAGAAGCACUGACCAAGGCCAUCAAAGCCAUGCAGAGAUUUGGAGGCCUUGAAGAAUCUGGAGUUCUUGACCAAGCAACCUUGGACUUAAUGAAGACUCCACGGUGCUCGCUGCCAGACAUGUCAGAACCAGAGAUGUCUGCAGGCAGAAGAAAGCGAGCAUUGGCCCCUCAAACCAAAUGGAACAAGAGGCACCUUUCCUGGAGGGUACGGACGUUUCCAAAGGAGUCAGCUCUUCUGGGCCGGGACACAGUGCGGGCACUCAUGUACUACGCCUUAAAGGUGUGGAGUGACAUCGCUCCACUCAACUUUCAUGAGGUGGCUGGUAAUGAGGCAGACAUCCAGAUUGAUUUCACCAAAGCGGACCACAAUGACGGCUACCCCUUUGAUGGACCUGGUGGCACUGUGGCUCAUGCCUUUUUUCCAGGAGAGCGUUUCACAGCUGGUGACACACACUUUGAUGAUGAUGAAGCCUGGACAUUCAGGUCGCCAGAUUCCCAUGGGAUGGAUCUGUUCGCAGUGGCAGUGCAUGAAUUCGGCCAUGCCAUAGGGCUCGCUCACGCCUCUGCCAUUGAGUCCAUCAUGCGGCCUUACUACCAGGGGCCAGUGGGCGACCCGCUCAAGUACAACCUCCCAUAUGAGGACAAAGUUCGUGUCUGGCAGCUUUAUGGUGUUCGGGACUCAGUAUCGCACACAGCGCAGCCAGACAACCCCUCUCAAACAGCCGAACCUCCUGUCCUGCUCGACCUACCAGAAAACAGAUCCACAGUCCCACCAGCCCGUGAUGCCCCUGACCGCUGCACUAGCCACUUUGAUGCUGUUGCUCAGAUUCGCGGGGAGGCCUUCUUUUUCAAAGGGAAGUAUUUCUGGCGUCUAACACGUGAGAAGCACCUGGUGUCAUUAAGGCCAGCACAGAUUCAUCGUUUCUGGAGGGGUCUUCCUGUCAACCUGGACAGUGUGGAUGCUGUAUACGAGAGGCCUGGAGACCACAAGAUAGUGUUCUUUAAAGGAGGGAAAUAUUGGGUGUUCAAGGACAAUAAUGUUGAGGAGGGCUACCCACGACCCGUCAGUGACUUUGGCUUGCCCAUGGAAGGGGUGGAUGCAGUAUUUGUCUGGCUGCACAAUGAGAAGACCUACUUCUUCAAGGACAGCCGUUACUGGCGCUAUGACGACCACCUGCGACGCAUGGACCUCGGUUACCCGAAAGACACGGCGCUAUGGAAAGGAAUCCCACCUCAAUUAGAUGAUGCCAUGCGGUGGUCUGACAGUGCGUCAUAUUUCUUCAAGGGAAAGGAGUACUGGCGGGUGGCGGGUAGCGAUAUGGAGGUUGAAGCAGGUUAUCCACGGCCCAUCGGCAAAGACUGGCUUGUGUGCUCAGAAAUGCAGUCGGACUCCCCGGAGACGCAGAACAACUCAAACACAAGAUUUCACGGGCAGCGCCAUGCGGAUCAUGCAGAGAAUGGCUAUGAGGUGUGUUCCUGCACUUCGGACUCAGCCUCGCCGUUGGGGACGCGACUCACCCUCUCGCCAGCCUGGGUGUUAGCACCGCUCUGGACACUCGCUCUCACGCUCUCCUCUGCUCCUCUAUGAUAAGGGCAGAGCCACAGGCCUGUAUACUAACAGACUCCAGGACGGGAACCUACAGCAGCCUGUGGAUGGAGCAAGCAUUGAGAUUGAAAUCCUUUCACCAGCUGAUACUGAUGGAAAAUCCUCAGAACUUCAAUCAAUGAAGGGAUUGGCUUACAUGUUCUUUUUGUUGAACUGGAAAUGUUAUGUUGUUGUUAUUAUUAUUAUUAGAAUUAUUAGGGCUGUCAAUAGCCAAUAAUCAUAUAUAUCAAUAUUUGAUCAGAAAGGCCCCCAAAGGAAGAUAUUGCAAAGAUAUUGCAUUGUUGUGGCAGACGAGUAAAGCAGUUAGAUGCCAAUACAAAAAGUUUCUUUAUAAGUCAAUUUAUUUUUAGUUUUUUCGAUAUCAUUAAACUUAUGUCAGUCACUAGCCUAUAGUCCACAGCAAUUCAAUAAAUGUUUUACUGUGCAUGGACUUCAUUGGCCAGUGCAUCACAUGCCAUGAACAAUGAUUUUACUUUUUUUAAGAAACCAUGUACUGUUAAAAGUAGUUUAACUUUCAGGAAAAGCAUGUGUUGAUACCAAUGCUUCUCAUUUAGAUCAUUUUUAUAGCUUGAAUUGCUCUUAUGGUGUCACGAAAUGUAUGGAUAGGCGAGGGAAAAAGAUAAAGGCCACACUAAUCCAUUUACGUUUAAAAACAUUUUCAGUUUCCAAAGUUUGCAUUUAUGGAGAGAGGUUUUGAAAAUCUUACUUUUGGUGGAGGAAAACGCCAUUCCAGUGUGGAUGAGAGGUGUAAAUGUAGCAAAAUCAAUGCGUUUUCAAAGGAAAACAAAUGGACAAGUGGACAUGGCCUAGAUGUGUUAAAAAAUAAAAUUAGGGCAUUUAGAAAGAAAUGAUUGUACUACAUUAACAUGUAAAAUUGACAGCCCUAAUUAUUAUUAUUAUUACUUGCAACAUUUAGAUUCAUUAUUUGCAUUUUUAAGUUCAUUUAAAAAAAAUUAUGUGCAAGUUAGUUAACCAACAUUUCUAGGCAUUCCCAUAGAUUAAAGACCUAGUAAGAAUAAUGAUCUAAGUAAUUAGUAAUAUCUCUAAAGGGAAGUUGGCAGAAAUCUCUUAAAUUGAGUUUCCUUCUGGCUGAAGUUUAUAGGCAUCAUGGGAUACCAUGAGUCACAACUUUAAUCUUUCCACACUCCAAGUGCUUUAAGAAUCCAGUCACUCGCUUAUUAUAAGCACUUUUUGGAUCUUGUCUUACAGAAAGCAUAAUCCUUUACUCAUUCUACAGUUUUCUCAUUGUAACUGUUCUUCCUCGUUCUGAUCCAAGUUUAUAAAACUUAAAUUGAUUGUAUUGUAAAACAGCCUGCAAGCUGGGGAAUUGCUGCGUUCAAAUUGCACCCAUGACUUAUUUUGUUGCCAUCGUUACCUGACUUAAUUUUUUGUGAAUUCUCCCCUUAGUGUCUUUUUCUUGCUCUGCCUUGUUCUAAGCAUUUAUACUUACUCACCUUCAAUACUGUCUGUACUUUGUAAUAAACACCACAUAUGUCACAAUUUGUGAUACAACAAAUGUAAUCAAACUCAAAGCAAUGUCAGUUAUGGCAGUUCAACUGACUGUAUUUUUGUUAUUAUCAUCACUGCUAAUGAGUUUGUAAAGGGCAUGCAUGAUGCUGGAAUCACCACAGCUAAAAACAUUUUACAGCUUAUUUUUUUCUAUAUUUUAUCUCUUGUUACUGUCUUUCCAACUCAUAUUAUUCACAGUCAGAGAGCAGAGGACAUUUUGACAAACACUUCAACAUACUGGGAGGAUGUUUGACUCAUAUUCUGGACUGCUGAGGGUGCACUCAAUUCAUAUAUGAAAAAAUGCC